AUGAUUUUCUAUACAUCUAGUUUUAAUAUUUCUCAUUCCAGGUUUAACUGCUGUACAAACUAUUUUCUUUAUAAUGGGGAAUGCAGAGAGUGCCUACCCGGAUUUUUUGGAGACAAUUGUUCCCGUCAGUGUUACUAUCCUUACUAUGGUCGACUUUGUCUGUACAUGUGUCAGUGUGACAAUAACACAUGUGACCAUGUUAUAGGAUGUACUAACAACACAUCUAUGGAUGCAUCAACAAAAGGUGUUUUUGCUCGUGAAAAAUUUACAGAUUCAACUACACAUUUAUCAAAUAUUACAGUAACAAUUAAAAAAGAAAUGAUCACAAUGCAGAAAAAUGACAGAGGUGUUUUUCCUCUUGAAAAAUUUACAGACUCAACUACACAUUUAUCAAAUAUAACAGUAACAAUUAAAAAAGAAAUGACCACAAUGCAGAAAAAUGACAGAGGUAAAAAUCAAAAAACAACGACAAAGCUGAAAACAGUAGUAAUAUAUAUUGGAAGUAUUGUGAUAUCAAUAAUAGUGGUGUGUACAAUAAUAUGGAUGUCGAUGUCAAUAUGUAGAAAAUGGACAGUAAAUAUAGCUAACGAGGACAACGACAUAGCGUCAGUUUACAUGGAAAUCGAUGAUGGUUCGAACCACAUAGAAUCUCGGGAUCAAACACUUGGCGGAACUGUAUUAGAUGAGUUAUGCACGACUCUUGAAGAGAGACCGCAACUUCCAGCAAGAAUGACCGUUGUUGUAACUUCAGAUAAAGACACUCCUUCUUCAUGUUUAAACAUAUGUACAGACAAAUGAAAUGUAUAUUGGUUGUGUAAAGUGUGAAAGAGCGACUUCUCAUUUGAUAGAAUACCUAAGCUUAAUUAAAGGCAUUUAAUGUUCUAAUGA